AUGGCGACCCUCCAGCAAAUAGCCCUAGCCACCAAGCCGACCGCGCAGCUAGCAUACACCUUCCACCCCGCACCAUCAGCGCGCACCAAAACCACCCUCCUCGUCUUCCUCAACGGCCUCGGCCUCCCCCAAGCAGCCUGGUUCCCCGUCAUCGCGGGCCUAAAAGAACGCACCGACAUCGAUCUCCCUGCGAUCCUAACCUACGACCGCUACGGCCAGGGCGCAAGCAUAGACCGCGACCCCGAGAAUCCCGAGGCGCACGACUGCACCGCUGUGAUCAAGGACUUGCACCAACUGAUUACCCAAAUCACCGCCGAGAAGCUGAACAUUGAGGACGUGGACUCCGUCACUCUGGUCUUCGUCGCGAACUCGAUCGGCUGCGCGCUCGCCCGCCUCUACGCACAGACGUACCCCGGCACCGUCGCAGGCCUACUCCUCCUCGACAGCGUCCUCGCAAACUCAGACUUCGUAUCCAUCUUCCCGGACCCAGAUAGCGCGUCCUUCGACGCAGCUUCUCUACCAGCGACCAUCACGCCAGAGAUCCUGCGCACGACGCGCGCGCGAGUCCGCGCAAUCUUCCACCCCGUCGAAGGCGCCGGCGGGAAAGCAGAGGGGUUGUCGCGAGCGAAUCUCCCCUCCCUGCUCCCCGAUAACAAUGGACCAGCGUUACAGGGCCCCAAUGGCAAGGGCCCCUUUGUGACGGUCGUCGGACAUGACUUUGACACGUUCGCGGCGGAGAGUACGAGGAUGGGAUGUCCGGUUGAGCUGAGCAUGGAGUAUGUCAACCCGUUCUGGCAGAGGUAUAAUGAGGGUCUGGUGGGGAUUACGGAUGGAGGCAGGGCGAAGGGGCCGGUUAUUGCGAGGGGUGCUGGGCAUUUUAUUCAGAAGGAUCGGCCGGAUUUGGUGGUUGGUGAGAUUGUUGAGAUUUUGGGGAGGGUUUUUGCUGAGGUGCAGUGA